ACAAUCCCCUCCCACACUGUCUAACCGUGUACCAAGACAACUGCAGCGCGCUGAUAGCGUUCAAGUGGAUGCUGUUUGCAGCAUCAGAGGCGCACUUCCCAAGACCUAGCUUAUUUGACGGGGGAUGAUAAAUGAUUUGGUUUGUGGUGUGAGAUGUUCAUUAUUUGCCAUGGCAAGAGGUCUGUUUUCAUGGGUCUGGCUGAGGAAGCCUAUCUACAUACAGGCCCGAUUCUCUUACCUGCACAUGAAGUAUAUGUUCUUCUCGUGGCUGGCAGUGUUUGUGGGUAGCUGGGUGGUGUAUGUGGAGUACUCAUCCUACUCAGAGCUGUGUCGUGGACAAGCAUGCAAGAAUGCCAUAUGUGACAAGUACAGGAAAGGAUUGAUCGACGGCUCGGCCUGCAGCAGCCUGUGUGAGAAAGACACGCUGUACCUGGGGAAGUGUCUCUCUUCCAAGCCUAACAACCAGGUGUACUCUGGUGGCUGGGGGGACCUGGAGGGGGUGGUUAAGUGCCAGAUGGAGGAGGUUCCUCGUUAUGACCCGGGAGAUGAGAUGGAGCACAGGAAGGAGGCUUCGCCCUUCAACAGGCCCACCAAGGGAACCUCUGUGGAGAAGUUCAAAGCGAUAGUCCUCAGCCACCUCAAGACCAAGGUGGGUGAACAGGCCAACCUUCAAGACCUGGUGAGCCUGGUUCUUUUCGUGGCCGACUACAACAAAGACGGCCUCAUCUCCCUACCCGAGGCCCGUUCCAUGUGGGCCCUGCUCCAGCUCAAUGAGUUUCUGCUAGCGGUGGUCCUGCAGGACAGGGAGCAUGCCCCCAGGCUCCUGGGCUUCUGUGGGGACCUGUACGUGAUGGAGAAGGUGCCCUACGCUCCCCUGUACGGCAUCAGCCUGCCCUGGGUAGUGGAGCUGUGGAUACCUGCGGGAUUACGACGCAGCAUGGACCAGUGGUUCACGCCCUCCUGGCCCCACAAGGCCAAGAUCUCCAUUGGCCUGCUGGAGCUUGUAGAGGACGUCUUCCACGGCACCUUUGGCUCCUUCCUCAUGUGUGACGUGAGUGCAGCCGACUUUGGCUACAACGACCGCCACGACCUGAAAGUGAUGGACGCUCAUCACAUCGUCCCCGAGGCCACUUUCCAGGAAGCCAUGAGGGAGCAGCGGUGCAACGUGGACGAGGACUGUCUGUACGGGACCGACUGUCGCACUUCCUGUGACCUCACCAAGCACCGGUGUACACCAGAGGUGACACGGCCCAACCUGGCCAAGGCGUGCAGCUCGCUGAAGGAAUAUCUCCUGCGCGGGGCGCCGUCUGACAUUCAGGAUGAGCUGGAGAAACAGCUGUAUGCUUGUAUAGCAUUGAAGGGCUCGGCGGAGCAAAUGGAGAUGGAACACUCGCUUAUACUGAACAACCUGAAGACCUUGUUGUGGAAGAAAAUAUCGCACACCAAGGACUCCUAAUGAGCCCGGUCAUGUAUUUGAAAGCAUUGGUUGUAAAAAAGUUUUUGUCAUUGUAAAUCCAGUACGGAGAGUGGUUAAAUACACAAUUUGGAAAAGGGUGGAGAAUCAGUACACAUAUGAGCACUACCGCUGCCUCUCUGUCAAACCGUCUGGUUUCACAAUGCCUCAGAACUGGACUUGACUGGAAGUCUAUGGCAGGAGUGGAUGAUCUGUCUCUCACCAUCUAGUAUAACCCUUAGAACCUCCCCCUACUUUGUGGAGUUCAAAGCGCAAGUAGCGCAAAUGAUUUAAUUUGGAAAAUGUGAAAGUACUCAUCUAGAAAUAGUUUUCACAUUAACUUUAUAUUCCUGAACUCAGAAUCAGUUGAGCAUCCCAAAAAAUAAUAUGAUCAAUGUGAUAGAACAUUUAUUUUAAUUUGGCGAUUUUCACCAAGUCCCAUCUAAUAGAGCUCCACAGUGGAGGUGUCAUAAUACCCAUAAAUCCUUGCGGUCAAACAGAGAAAUGGUUCCAAUUGUUUUGACACCACUCAUUUUUCCCAUAGGGGAUUUUAGAAACACUUCAAAAUAAGGGCUGUGUUUCGUGAUAACCAUAUAAAUCUCUCUCGAACAAGGUGACUUUUAUCAAUAUAUUCGGCUCUAUUUACACUAGGCUACCUAGGGCAGCAGGUAGCCUAGUGGUUAGAGCUUUGGUCCAGUAACUGGAAGGUUGCUGGAUCAAAUCCCCGAACUGGCAAGGUAAAAAUCUAGUUCCGACAGUGCAGCAAUAUCUAACAUGUAAUCUAACAAUUCAACAACUACCUAAUACACACAAAUCUAAGUAAAGGAAUUGAAUAAAAAUAUAUAAAUAUAAAUAUAUGGUUGGGCAAUCACGGAGUGGCAUAGUCAAGAUGCAAUAGAUGGUAUAGAAUACAGUAUAUACUGUACAUAUGAGAUGAGUUAUGCAAGAUAUGUAAACGUUAUUAAAAUGUCAUUAUUAAA